AUGACAUCAAAAGAACAAAGUUGGUUAGAUUUUAUAAAUAGUUUACCAGUAAAACCUAUUAAAGAGGAAACAUUUGACUCUGAAACAAUUGAACUUUCUCCUCCAUCAACAGAAAAUAUCGAUUAUACAAUCAUUGAUCAACAGUUUGAUAUAGAAGAUUCAAAAGAAUUUUGUUUAAUUGAAACAAACACUUCAAAAGUGGGCGAUAAAAAAAUUAAAAACCCUCGAAAGAAAGCUGUCACUAAAAAAUUCCACCACCAUAUCAUCCGCUUACAAACGGAUUUUUUUAAUAAUAAUAAUAACCAUCAUUCUCAUCAUCAUCAACAACAUCAACAUCAACAUCAAUGUUCAACACCAUCACCUGAUAAUGAACAAAUAUCACCAAUAUCAAAUAAUCGAGCAGAAACUUCUUCAACAUCUAGUUUAGUCCCACCAUCAGCAACUGAUGGAGCACAAGCAGGACAAGAAGAUAAACGUCGUUGUGCGGUUUGUCAUGAUAUUGCUUCUGGUUAUCAUUACGGUGUAUGGAGUUGUGAAGGAUGUAAAGCAUUUUUUAAACGAAGUAUACAAGGCACAAAUGAAUAUAUAUGUCCAGCAACAAAUACAUGUACAAUAGAUAAACAUCGUCGAAAAAGUUGUCAAGCAUGUCGUUUAAGACGAUGUUAUGAAGUUGGUAUGACCAAAGGUACAACCAGACGAGAAAGAAAAUAUCGAAAAAAAGCUGUAUCAGUAUGUAAAAUAACAUCAACGUCAUCAAAUUCCAAUGUUAAUAAUAAUUCUAAUAAAAAUAAUCAAGAACAAGGACUAUCUAUAGCAACUAAUUUAACCCCAACUACACCAGCCGGAACACCAUCAACAGUACAAUUAACUCAUAAUAGUUAUUCAUCACCACAAUUACAAUUAAAUAAAAAUUCUUCUGAUCCGACACGUAUUCCUAUAUCGUCUGCGGAAUUUAUUGCUACACUAUCACAAGCAUCUCGUCUGAAUUUACCUGCUAAAGCAGAUACUAGCCGUCCAUUAAAUGAUCAAUAUUUUCUUCAAUUACUUGCAAAAAUUUUUGAUCAAGAACUUGUCGUUCUUAUUAAUUGGGCGAAAGCAAUGCCAGGUUAUACUGAAAGUUUAAGUCUCGAUCAACAAGUAACAAUAAUUGAGCAAAGUUGGUUAGAUACUUUAAUUCUUGAUAUCAUUGAACGAUCAUUAGAACGUAAUGAUGAUACAUUACAUUUUGCACCUGAUUUUAUUAUUUCACGAAAUCGUGAUUUAUCAAGUCCAGGCUUAGGUGCAAUUUGUACAAGUCUAUUUACUAUACUUCAAGCAUUUAAAGAUCCUCGUACAACACAUGAAGAAUUCAUUGCACUCAAAGCUACAAUACUUAUCAAUUCAAUUCCAGCAUCAAUAACUACAACAACAAAAUCAUUUCGUUUAUUAACAAAUCAAAUCUAUCAAGCAAUACAAUAUACAUGUGAUUCAAAUCCAAGUGUUUAUCAUGAUAAUUAUAUUCGUCAUUUUACAUUAUUAUUACAACUGCCACAUAUUAAAACAUUAAGUCUAAAAUUAAUACGAUUGUUUUUAGAUAUGCGUGCAAAUGAUUUAUUACCUCAAGCUGAUCUUUUAUUAGAAAUGCUUGAUGCACAAGAUGCAUUUGAUAUAAAUAAUGGACUUUUAUCAAUGAAUACUGAUAUGAAUAAUUUAUCAUCUCGUACACCGAAUUUUAGUCCAAAUUUAACAACAACAACUAAUAAUAAUAAUAAUACAAUGUCAGUGACACCACCAUCAGUAGUAAAUAAUCAAAUUAAUUAUCAAACAUCUAAUAAUUAUAAUCAAAAACAAGUGACUGGUGAUCAAACACAAAAUAUGAAUAAUUUAAAUAGUCAUAUGAAUUAUCGUUCGAACGCAUCACCAUUAUUAUUUACUUCAACACUAACUGGCAAACGUUCACCGGCAACUCCACCUAUACAAUAUUACUAG